CCGUGUGUCGUGCGUCAUGCGUAUUAUCCGCUGCUCCGGUCGGUGUUAGAGUGCAUCGCAGCUUCCCGGAAAAGCGACCUACUUAUCAAUUUCCACCCAAAAACGCGGCGAGCUCCAAAAGGAAACACGCAGACGGACGAGCGUCGAGUCGGAGUCGAGUCGAGUCGUGAUCAUGCGUUAUGGAGUUGCGCCGCCUGAUCCUUGCAAAUUUCUUCAUCGGAAUUAUCAUGCCCAUCGGGAGCAGCUUCGGUGCAGUCCGAUAAAAGUUUCCCGAGUGUCGUUUUUUCCUCGUGCGUCGGUGUCGCAACAAUAAACGCGCGAGUGAUUAUAAUAGACGCCGUUGUGUGUAUUUAUAAGCGGCACCGGCUUCGGAGUUAUUAUCACACACUGCACGCGCAUCGUGGGCUGCUGCCGCUAUUGCUACUUACUGCCCGAUCAAAGUGAGAUGCCAUCGUCGGUUCAGCAACCUGCAUCGUCGUCGAUAGUUGUUUACUUCGCUGCCAAACUUCGUUGUUUCUAUUGAUAUUUUGUUAUUUUUUGUGAUUUCGCUUUCUGCGUGUGUGGCUCAUUUCUGCGCACACGACUGUGUGUGUGUGUGUGUGUGUGUGUGUGUAUAUAUGUACGCGCGCGUGUUGGUGCUAAAAAAGUCGCCGGGAUAACAUCUAUAUAUAGAGAGAGAGUGAAGAGAACAAUUGAGAUUUUCACGUGACUCGUGAGUCGGGUCGACGAUCUGCCAUCAUGACGACGGCCUUCUAUCUGGAGCAUUAUCUUGACAGUUUGGAGCAUCUUCCAACCGAACUCAGAAGAAAUUUUAAUUUGAUGAGAGAUCUAGAUACUAGGGCUCAAUCGAUCAUGAAAGAUAUCGAUAAAUAUGCCGAUGAAUAUCUAAGAUAUGUAAAAAAUGAAGACGAAGAAAAACGUAUGGCUCACUUGGAACGGAUAGAAAAUUUAUAUAGCAAAGUCAAAGAAUAUGGCGAUGAUAAAGUACAACUGGCCAUACAAACUUAUGAGUUAGUUGAUAAACACAUCAGAAGGUUAGAUUCUGAUUUAAUGAGAUUUGAAGCAGAAAUACAAGAUAAAGCUAUCAAUAGUAAUAGAGCGCAAGAAGAAAGUGGAGCAAGUAAAAAGGGUAGAAAGAAGUUAAAAGAAAAAGAGAAAAGAAAGAAAGGUACAGCAAGCAGUGAAGAUGAAUCAAAAAGUGGAAGAAAGAAGAAGAAAACAGGAGGAGCUGUUGCAUCAACAGCUAUUGCUAGUACUGUCAAUAGUGCUUCGAAAGUAGAAUUGGGUGCAAUCAAUAAUCCAGCUGAUGUUUUGGAUAUGCCAGUUGAUCCCAAUGAGCCUACUUACUGCAUUUGCAAUCAAGUUUCAUUUGGAGAAAUGAUUGGUUGUGAUAAUCCUGAUUGUGGGAUUGAAUGGUUUCAUUUUGGUUGCGUGGGCCUUACAGUUAAACCAAAAGGAAAAUGGUACUGUCCAAAAUGCAGUCAAGAUAGAAAGAAAAAGUAAAGUUUAAGCAAUACACUGAAUCCUUAUGGUAAAGAUUCAGACCGUCCUAUAAAUUAACAGCUGUUCACACGAUGUGAUAGGACUGUUAUCAACUCGUUUGUUUAAUUCAAAUUAUAACUGAUAAGAAUGUGAAAAUCAGAAGAAAUUCUUAUUAAUGAGUUCUUAGAAACUGUCUAGAAUAUCUUGAAACUGAUAAUUCCUUUUUUACAUUUGUGAUAAUUACAAAGCCUAUUAAAAUAUUAGUUUCAAGAUAUUUUAAAUAAAACAAACGUUUUCAAAUUAGGGUGUCUAUAAUGAUAAAUUAUCAUUUUAAUUUGUAAAUUGUGUUUAUAUUUCUGUCCCAUGAAGUUGAUUUGUAUAUUAUAGUUAUAAAAUGUUUAUGUGGACAGAGAGACAAAUUUUGUACAUUUCUUAUAGAAAAUGGUUUCAAUUAAAGGCAUUAGAUACAUUUUUUUACAUGAAAUUUAAAAGACUAGAUAUGAAUGAUUUAUACUGUUAAUACACGUAUGUAAAUUAUCUAAGUGCAUUACAAUUGUUUACUUUAUUAUUUUAAUACUCUUUAUUACAAUAAAAAUAUUAAAUAUUA